CAAGCGGGGUGGAGGGGAGCCAGUACAGCGAAUUGCACGAACGAUGACUUUCUGUGAUGCAAGCGCUCAACUAUGGAAACUUCGAAAAUCUAACCCAACGAAUCGAAGAAAGAAAAGAAGAGCAUGAUAAAAAGCCUGGAAGCCUGCCUAAUAGCUAGAUGAUACACGGGAUACCCAAAACUUGGAAAGCAAAACAGAACCCGUCAUCGGCGCCAUUUCUUUGAUCCACCGCCCUAUCGCGCAAAACUCCCGCCUCACGAGCGCACCUCGACCCCUAGACCUCCCCGGCGCGCGCGAGACCGCAGCAUAGGCAAGAGCAAGACGAGACCGGCCCCCCUCCCGGCAGAGCCACCCCAAGAUGUCGCGCCAAAUAUCGCAGCCGUCGAACCAGAUCAAGCUCACAAACGUGGCGCUGGUCCGGCUCAAGAAGGGCAAGAAGCGGUUCGAGCUCGCGUGCUACAAGAACAAGGUGCUCGAGUGGCGCUCGGGCAUCGAGACGGACCUGGACAACGUGCUGCAGAUCCCAAACGUCUUCCUCAACGUCUCAAAGGGCCAGACGGCGCCGUCGGCCGACCUGGCCAAGGCCUUCGGCCGGGACGUGCCCGUGGCCGACGUCAUACUCGAGAUCCUCAACAAGGGCGAGCUGCAGGUCGGCGAGAAGGAGCGCGCCGCCCAGCUCGAGCGCGUCCACAACGAGGUCGUCGGCAUCGUCGCGUCCAAGCUCGUCGACCCCCGCACCAAGCGCGUCUAUACCACCAGCAUGAUCGACAAGGCCCUCGACAUGCUGACCUCGCAGGCCCACGCUCAGAGGGCGAGCAACGCCGAGGACAGCGGCGGCGGCGGCGGCGCGGCCGAGGACCCCGCAGCCGCCGCCGCCGCCCCGGCCGUCCACAAGCCCGUCUGGACCGGCAUGUCCACCACCAAGAGCGCCAAGAGCCAGGCCCUGGAGGCCAUGAAGGCGCUGAUUGCCCACCAGCCCAUCCCCAUCUCCCGCGCCAGGAUGCGCCUGCGCAUCACCUGCUCGACAAACGUGCUGAAGCAGUCGGUCAAGACCUCCGCCGCCGCCCCCAAGGCCUCGGUCAGCAACGACGCCGAUGGUGCCGACCAGCCCAAGGCGCCCGGCACUGUAAAGGACAAGAUUCUGAGUUAUAUCGAGCAAGUCGAGAACCAGGAUGUCAUCGGUUCCGAGUGGGAGGUUGUCGGCUUCGUCGAGCCUGGCGCCUUCAAGGCUCUGUCCGAUUUCCUCGGCAACGAGACCAAAGGCCAGGGACGUGUUGAGGUUCUAGAAAUGGCAGUUGUGCACGAAGAUUAGAACCCGAAGGAUCAGUCAUAAAAUGCAGUUAUGUCCACGUCAACCUUCGCGCCUCACCCUUCUUGUGAACAGGACACCGGGCUUUGCCGCGAGACCCCUUCCCCUUGGCUAACCAAGCCGCCAAGCGGUGACAGUGAUGAUAGAUCGUCUCGGUUACGCUGAGAAGUUUAUACACCAUAGACGUCGAAGAUGUGGAGUGCGUGGAAAGCAAGAAAUUCACAAGAGGCACAAACGCCAUUUG